UCAAAAAGUUGCAUUUUUCCACGAAGUGAUGUAGCCUUUAAACCUAAAAAAAAUAGUAUUAUCCUACAUUAAGUCCAGCGGCAUUAAAUAACCAAAGACUGUACGAUGAAGUGGAUGACGACCGUAGUUUUGGGCGCUGCCCUCCGUUAUCUGCUGAUGACAUCGAACUACGCCAGCACGAUACAGAAUCGGGUCGAAGUGGCCACCCCGGUCAACUCAUGGAAACGAGCAAUCGAAGGUGCUUUCCUGUACGCCAACGGGACCAACCCCUACGACGGAGAUCUCUAUCACCAGAACCCAUUUGUGUUGGUUUCGGUUUGGUGCCUGAUGCAGAAGUUUUCCGCUUUUACCAGUGCCAUAUUCAUCCACCUGGAAGUGGGAACGAUUCUGAUGCUCAAGUGUGCUGCCGGCGUUUUCAUCCGUAACCUAUACGACACCCAACGGAGUCGGUUUGCAAGUUUUGCCAAGGGGACGAGAGAGCUGCAAAUUUCGCCGGAUGAUGUGCGGAUGGUACCGUACUAUGUCGCUCUAGCGUACAUGUUCAAUCCGUACUCGAUCCUGAACUGCGUUGGCCAAACGACGACGGUUUUGAGCAACUUUUUACUAGCCCUGUUCGUCCUGGGAAUGGCACACCGGUUGAGGUUGGUGGCCUGUGUGGCGUUGGCUCUGGAAACGCAAAUGAACAUCUACCCUUGCGUUCUGAUCAUUCCGGCGGCGCUGUUCAUUGCACAAGACGAAAAGAACAGAUUGGUCAGCAUGCUCAUCACUUGCGGAACGUUUCUGUUGACUUUCUUGGGAGUUAACUACGGUGCUUUCAUAAUUAUGGGCGAUUGGAGCUUCCUGGAUGCAACUUAUGGGUUUAUCCUAAACUGCCGAGACUUGCAGCCUAACAUUGGUCUGUUCUGGUACUUUUUCACCGAAAUGUUCGACCACUUCCGGACGCUGUUCCUGUACACAUUCCAAAUCAACGCCACUCUGUUGUACCUCUUUCCGUUGACAUUCAAGCUCCAUCGGGAACCGAUCAUGCUGCUGACGAUGCUGCUGGCCUUGGGGGUAGUCUUCCGUCCCUAUCCCUGCAUCGGCGACAUCAGCAUGUAUCUGUCGCUGCUUCCGCUGUGGAAAUCGAUCUCAAAAUUUAUGGGUCACAACUUUAUCGUCGGAGCGACGAUGCUGGUGACGAGCAUCCUGGGGCCGACCGUAUGGCACCUCUGGAUCUACUCCAAUUCGGCCAACGCAAACUUUUACUUCGGUAUGACGCUAGUCUUCUGCACGGCGCAGAUUUUCCUCAUCACCGAUCUAUUCUUUGCCUACAUCAAGCGCGAGUUCUGUCUGAAGCACGGCAUGAACAUCACAAUCGACGGAAAGGAGGCACGCAUUGCAUUAGAAUAACUCUGUAGUACAUCAAGUUCCCGAUAUAAAUAGAAUAAACGUCGUU